AUGAGGAAUGGUAUCUGGUUCACCAGUCUGGCGCUUGCGUUUCGCUGUACGUUAGGCACCCCUCUGGCCUUGGACACCGGAUGGGAUAUAUUCGCUGUUACUUACAUUGCCGAAUCCCUUCCUAGCCAUUGUUGGGACCCCAACUCCUUUCCGGCCCAGGUGAUAGACCCUCAACGAGUCAAAGGUCUCGCGUACGCGCCGAAUAAAAUUGUGCUGGGCACGGGCGCCAAUGUGUUGGGUGACGGUAACGAAGCAGUGGGAGAUCCAGCUAGCUUAGGCAUGUAUGCGUGGUUGCUCAGCAAGACUAACGACACCUAUGAGCAAGCCUCAGUGGAACAGAUUCAGUACCUGCUGGAACAGGCACAGAGAUACCAAAACGAGUCUGGCGCCAUCAGCCAGAGGGUCGAUGUCGCGGAGUUGUGGGCUGACUUCAUGUACAUGGCUCCACCCUUCAUCGCAUAUUACGCCGCAGAUACUGCGAAUGAGAGUCUGCUUGAGGAAUCCUACAAGCAGCGCGCUUAUUAUCGCGAAUCCUUCAAUCUCAGUCUAUCAAGAAUGAGUCGUACUGCGGCGUAUGGUCGCAUAUAG